GAAGCUUCUAGGGGUGGGGUGACCAUGGAGACCGGCUCGUUUGCAACAGGCCGGGCCAGCGGCCCGCCGCCCCCCUGAGAGGCGGCCGCAGCCAAUGGGAAGGCCGCGGGGUGACAUCAUGGGCUAUUUUGGGUGGGUUACCGCUGGCUGAUAAGAGUUGGGCUGCACGCCGGGAAAGGGCUCAGAGUGUGCGGCAGGCUCCAGGCGGCGGCAGUGGCGGGCCCGCUCCGGCAGCGCACAGAGCGAGAGGCGGGCACGGCACGGCGCGGAGAGCGGCCCGGCGUCUCGCAUUGCAAGGACCAGGCCAGCUCGGACCCCGGGAACGUCGCCGCAGCGGGGAGUCCAGCCGCGGGCAGCGAGCGGAGGGGAGCGAACUUGGGACAACUUCUGCGGGGGGUGCGGCGCUGCAAGCCCCGGGACUGGCAGCCGGCGGGGAAACGCUCCGACAAGUGGCCGGGCUCCGCAGCGGGCAGGACAGUGGCCGGAUUUCUGACCCUCCCACCGAGCGAUCAGGCGGCGAACCUGCCCGUCGGACACUCACUCCGGAGUGAAACUGUCAAGCGAGAGACUGGAUUUCUCCUCCGUCCCCGAGUCUCCCCCGAGAGCGAAAUCCCAGAACCCGACGCCAGGACUCCGGCCACCCAGUUCUCGGGCUGACUCUUUCUGGGCUUUGGAAAAGUUCAGUCCUGAUGCGCUGAAGAAACAGGGGGAAAGAGACUUAAGCCACUUGUACGGUGGCCAAAAAAGUAAGACUUUAGUUCAUCCUUACUGAUUUGUUUGAAGAGGCUUUUUCAUUGUUGAAAGAGUGACACUAGCAGUAGUUUAAAGUGAAGGUGAACUUUCUUUGAACGGGACUUAGAAACCAAACGCGUUUGGCGCUGCUUAAUUGUUAUUGCUUUAAAGACAGUUUUGUGGACUGUGUUCUAUGACUGCAAAGAUGGAACCUACAUUCUAUGAUGAUGCCCUAAAUGCUACCUUUGUACAGCCAGAAAGUGGUGGUUAUGGAUAUAAUAAUCCUAAAGUCCUGAAGCAGAAUAUGACUCUAAAUCUGGCUGAUCCUUCAAGCAACCUCAAGCCCCACCUGAGGAACAAGAAUGCUGAUAUUCUUACCUCCCCAGAUGUUGGUCUCCUCAAGCUGGCAUCUCCUGAACUGGAAAGGCUCAUCAUCCAGUCCAGCAAUGGCUUGAUCACCACCACUCCCACCCCAACACAGUUUCUCUGUCCCAAAAAUGUUACUGAUGAGCAAGAAGGGUUUGCUGAAGGCUUUGUGAGGGCACUGGCAGAGCUACACAACCAGAAUACGAUGCCCAGUGUUACAUCCGCUGCCCAGCCUGUUAACAGUGGUAUGACACCUGUUUCUUCUAUGGCUGGCAACAAUGGUUUCAACACCACUUUGCACAGCGAGCCUCCAGUGUAUGCCAAUCUCAGCAACUUUAACCCAAGUGCACUCAGCACAGCACCUAACUACACUGCAAAUAACAUGGGCUAUCCACCUCAGCAUCAUAUUAAUCCUCCAAUGCCAGUGCAGCAUCCCAGGCUGCAAGCUUUGAAAGAGGAGCCCCAGACUGUACCUGAAAUGCCAGGAGAGACUCCUCCACUGUCCCCUAUUGAUAUGGAGUCACAGGAGAGGAUCAAGGCUGAGAGGAAGCGCAUGAGAAACAGAAUUGCAGCCUCCAAAUGCCGGAAAAGGAAGUUGGAAAGGAUUGCCAGAUUGGAAGAAAAAGUGAAAACUUUGAAAGCCCAGAACUCAGAACUGGCAUCCACUGCCAACAUGCUCAGAGAACAGGUUGCACAGCUUAAGCAGAAGGUCAUGAACCAUGUCAACAGUGGAUGCCAGCUAAUGCUAACACAACAGUUGCAAACAUUUUGAAGAGACUGACUUGAAAAAAAGAACUAUGAUGUUGCGGUAGAGCAACAGAAAAAACAAACCCAUAACAAGUGGCAGAUGCAUAAAGCUAAUGGUAAAGGCUGAGAGGCAUUGAGUCCUGCUUGCACCCCACAAAGCACAUGUGUGGAAAGACUGGCGAGCCUUCAAUUGAGCUAGUGCAAAGCAGCACCACUCUAAGAAGUGCUGUUCCUGCUCAGAUGAUACAUCAGAUCUUUGUUUAAUAUUGACCAAGACCUGCAUGGACCUAACAUUCGAUGAUCAUUCAGUAUUAAAGGUUAAAAUGCAAUAGAGACUGUAGGUUGCUUUCUGUAAUACUCUUAAAGAAAACACAACUGGGAGGGAGGUUUGUGGGAGGCUGAUAAAAACUGAACUAUACUGCCUGCCUUCAAGUAAAUCGUGUAUGUACAUUUUUUUUAUUUUAUGAAAGCUGAUUAAUGUCAAUAAACUACUUCAUGACUUUGUAAAUUAUUUUUAUGUUUGUGUUCUGUCCAGUAAUGUUUGUAAAUAAGGGUUUUUUGAGCACUCUGAAUUUACCAUUUGUAAUAAAGUAUAAUUUUUU